UCCUUCUUUUAGAACAAGAUGGCGACGUCGACCAGGAAGUAGGUAAACAACCGUACAGGGGUAGAAAAAUAUGGAUUAACCCCUCCAAUACACCCUUACCGAUCAAGAAAAACCCAGAUUGAGUGGUCGUUAGUGCUCGUGGAGGGGGUUCGAGGAAAGGGGGGUUUAAUUAACGCGCGAGAUGGCUGAAGAACGACAGGGGGUUUGACUCGUAACCAUGUUUCUGCUCGGAGCCUGAUGCCCAUUCUUGCCACGUCUGUUGUCAUGGACACGGAGGACUAUCUGCACCCUGAGGACCCUCAGCUGGGGAGCCCGAAGUUCAUUGCUCCCAGUCCUCCUCUCCCAAGUUCCAUGGAGAAUCAGCUGUAUCCGUCUAACUCAUGGGCAUACUCACAGCAAACUCAAUACAACCAGCACUAUCCUAUGCAAUCUGGGAGGCAGCUCCAGCCGAACCCGUCCUCUGUGAAUCUGGACCUGUCUGAUAUAGACUUUCAUGACCUCGUACGGAACGGAGACUUCUCCCAGGAUCUGUCGUGCAUAGACGAGCUGUCCAACACAUCUCUGUUCUCCUCACCAUCUGAAUCACUGUCGGAGUAUCCAGACCCUUCAGGAUUUGGCACUGAUAGCCUGGCACAGUUACCCGCUGAGGGCACCGCGGCACAGAUGUGCUGGGGUAUACCUGGACAGAGUCAGAGACAGCAGAACCUGAGCGCGUUUCCUGCUAGGUUCGAUGAUAUCAGCGUGAUCCUGUCAGCGCCAGUGGCCGGUUUUAAGCCUGUUCCUCCGCCGCCACCACCAGAGGAAGAGGAGGAGGCAGACGAGGAAGAGACGGAGGAGUUGGGGCACGUGGACACGUACGCCGAAUACAAGCCAUCCAAAUCUACUAUUGGAAUCUCUCACCCUGACAUCGUAGUGGAGACCAACACACUGUCCAGCGUUCCUCCUCCUGACAUCACCUACACACUGUCCAUUUCAGACAUCACCAUUAACUCUGGCCUGCUGUCCGCCCUGCAGCUGGAGGCCAUCAUCUACGCCUGCCAGCAACACGAGGUGAUUCUUCAGAACGGUCAGAGAGCGGGUUUUCUGAUCGGAGACGGGGCUGGUGUCGGGAAGGGCCGUACUGUUGCUGGAAUCAUACUGGAGAAUUUUUUAAAGGGAAGAAAGAGAGCACUAUGGUUCAGUGUGUCAAAUGAUCUGAAGUAUGAUGCUGAGAGAGAUCUCAAGGACAUAGACGCUCCCAACAUCCCCGUGUUUGCUUUAAAUAAGAUUAAAUACGGAGAUACGGCUACCUCAGAGGGCGUUCUUUUCGCCACAUACUCAGCGUUGAUUGGAGAGAGCCAGGCCGGCGGGCAGCACCGCACCAGACUCAAACAGAUCCUGGACUGGUGCAAACCCAACUUUGAUGGAGUCAUUGUGUUUGAUGAGUGCCAUAAGGCUAAAAAUGCGACCUCCACCAAGAUGGGUAAAGCCGUCCUGGAUUUGCAGAGCAAACUGCCCCUGGCGAGAGUAGUGUAUGCCAGUGCCACAGGUGCUUCUGAGCCAAAGAAUAUGAUAUACAUGAGCCGACUGGGUAUCUGGGGGCAAGGAACACCAUUCAAGACCUUUGACGACUUCCUGCAUGCGAUUGAGAAGAGGGGUGUUGGUGCCAUGGAGAUUGUAGCUAUGGAUAUGAAAGUGAGCGGCAUGUAUAUCGCACGGCAGCUGAGCUUUUCCGGCGUGUCCUUCCGUAUAGAGGAGAUUACACUGGACGAAGAGUUUAAACUGGUCUACAACAAAGCAGCUAGACUGUGGGCUGAGGCUCUCGAGCUGUUCACCAGAGCAGCAGACACGCUGGGUCUGGCCUCCCGGAAGUCUCUAUGGGGUCAGUUCUGGUCGUCACACCAGAGGUUUUUUAAGUACCUCUGCAUCGCCGCUAAAGUCCGUCGUCUGGUUGAGCUCGCUCAUAAUGAGAUGCAGCACGGCAAGUGCAUCGUGAUUGGCCUGCAGUCCACUGGAGAGGCUCGUACUCGAGAGGUCCUGGACGAGAACGAUGGACACCUGGACAGAUUCGUCUCCGCUGCUGAGGGCGUUUUCCAGUCAUUAGUUCAGAAACACUUCCCAACACAGAAACCCAAAAGAGAGAAAAGUGCAGCAAGCAAGAGGAAACGAAAGCCCAGAGGCCGGACUUCAAAAUUUCCAAAGCACUGUGUGGAAGUGGGCGGGGUUAUUAAAAUCAGCGAUGAUUCAGACUCUGACUCAGAUGAGAUUGACAGCGAAUCGAACUCCUCCCCUGAAUCACUACAGGACAAUGAUGAUGUGAUUUUCGUGAACCACAUCAACGGACCUGCUGCUAGACUAGAAGAACUCAAGCAGAGGCUGCUGGGUAAAAUAGCAGAGCUGGGGAAAGAGCUGCCACUCAACACUCUUGAUGAGCUGAUUGACAGGUUUGGAGGACCAGAGAAGGUGUCAGAGAUGACAGGCCGAAAGGGUCGUGUAGUGAGGCGUCCUGAUGGCAGCGUACGAUAUGAGACCAGAGCAGAACAGGGCCUGACUAUCGACCAUGUCAACGUCAGAGAGAAAGAGCGAUUCAUGACAGGAGAAAAGCUGAUAGCCAUCAUCUCUGAAGCGGCUAGCUCGGGUAUUUCUCUACAGGCGGAUAAACGUGUGCAGAACCGCAGGAGAAGAGUUCACAUGACCUUAGAGCUGCCGUGGAGCGCGGACCGCGCCAUCCAGCAGUUCGGUCGAACACAUCGCUCAAAUCAGGUUACAGCUCCAGAGUACAUCUUCCUCAUCUCAGAGCUGGCUGGAGAGAGACGCUUCGCCUCGAUCGUCGCCAAGAGAUUGGAGAGCCUGGGGGCGCUGACACACGGGGACCGACGAGCCACUGAAUCCAGAGACCUGAGCCAGUACAACUUUGAGAACAAAUAUGGCACCAAAGCAUUGGAUAAGAUCACUAAAGCCAUCCUCGGGCACAUCGACAACAAAGUCUCUCCACCAAAGGGCUACCCAGGAGGUGACAUCAUGUUCUUCAGAGAUAUGAAGAAAGGCAUGAUUGAUGUGGGAAUCUUCUGUAGGGAGCCGCGUCUGAGUCUAAAUACAGAGAAAGACUGCACUAUCACUAAGUUUCUGAACCGUAUUUUGGGUUUGGAGGUCCAUCAGCAGAACUCUCUGUUCCAGUACUUCACCGAUAACUUUGACUACCUGAUCAACAAGGACAAAAGAGAGGGAAAAUAUGACAUGGGCAUAUUGGAUCUGGCUCCGGGUAAUGAUGAGAUUCACGAGGAAACACAGGAGAAGUUUCUGACUCCAGGAAACCCUCAGGAAGGCCAGGUCAUCCUCUAUAAGAUCAGUGUGGAUCGUGGGAUGCCCUGGGAAGAGGCUUGCAGUAAAGCGGAGAAACUCGCUGGAGAAUAUGAAGGGUUUUACCUCUCAAACAAGCUGCGUGGGAGCCAGCCGUGUGUCCUGCUUGCCGAACAGGGUCGUGGUCGGAACCUCAUCCUGUAUAAACCCAACAUCGGUAAACAGGCUCAUCCUGAGAACCUGGACAACCUCCUCCUGAGAUACUACAAGGUGACGCCUGAUGAAGCAAAGGAUUUCUGGAAAAGUCAGUUUGACUUCUCCUUCAGAAACUGCACCCAUGCCAAUUGGAAGGGUAAGUGUAAGCAGAUCGAGGAGGGGCAUGAGUGUUUUCUGGGGAUGCGCCUCCGGCAGUAUCACAUGUUGUGUGGAGCUCUGCUGAGGGUUUGGAAGCGAGUGUCUGACAUAGUCUCGGACAUCACCAACUCCAGCAUCCUGCAGAUCGUACGGCUCAAAACGAAACAGAACAGCAAACAAGUUGGUAUAAAAAUCCCAGAAAACUGUGUAUCCCGCGUACGCGCCGAGCUCUCUCGGAUGGACGAGGAGGUGAAGAAAGCUCGGCGAGAGAGAGAGCAGCUCGCAAAAGAGCGUCUUAACCAAGAGAUGCUGGCCAAGAUGAUCCACGCCCGCAAGCUCAUCGCCAACCCUCCCCGCUCCCUGCCGAACCACCUUCACUACCCACGAUCCCUUCUGGCACCUGCGGUGCAGCCAAAACCUGAAGCUGUCAGCGAGGUCCUGGAUCUGACCAUCAGCCCCUGCCCUUCGCCGGACAUCAAACCGCCUGCGUCAGACCUAAACGGCGUGUCCCUAAACGGAGCGAUGCUCACCGGCAGAGGACGGCCGUGCGCAGUUGUUCCAGAGACGUACAACCUGGAAGAACUGAUUUCCCAGGAGCGGCAGAGACAUAGUCAGGUGCCGCUGAACUUGAACAUGCGUGUGCCGUCGUCGCACGCUGCUUUGAACAUCCCGCAGCAGCACGUUCACACACUAAAGAAUCAUUCAUCAUUCGGGGUGCUGACGCAGCAGCAGCAGCAGCAGCAGAGCGGCUCCCACGCACAAUCGUCCGCGCAGUACAGCGCGCUUCUGUCGCAGCUGCAGCGAGGGCACGACAAAUCCUUAGUGCUGCAGCUUCUCAAUCAAAUGCAACGGCAAACUGUCACGCCAGUGCAAUCGCCGCACGUACCGCUACACCAGAACAGCCAACGCAUGCCGCACACUUCAAACUCGCACGCGCAGCUGUCAAAACGACAGCCGCAACCCCUGGAGUCGCAUGUCACUCAGCCUGCUCGCGAAAGAGCAAACGAUGACUUCACUUUCGACGACUUGGACUUCGGUUACCCUUCGCCCGAUUCGCAACUUAAGUACCCUUUCACCUCACAGGCCCUGCCAUCCUCGACUCCGCCCCCUCCUCCUUAUUCCUCCUCCCUCUUUGCGUCGGCACCUACAAACUCCUCCCUCUCUGACUCUAGCUCCUCCUCCUCGCACUUCACUCCUUCGUCUUCUUCCUCCGAACAGACGCAUCUGUUACCCAACGGCCACAGCAGUAUGGACCCCCUGGAUACACUGGAUCACAUGAUCCACGGAACGCCCUCGGAUCUCCGCCAGUCUGUCAUCCAGUUUAAAUCAGUGGACUGGGACGCCACCUAGGGGCUGGUACACGCACAGUCAAAAGUUUUGUUUUCCCAAGUCAUUCUCAGUCCAUAAGCUACGAGUUGCAUUGACGUUCAGUGAAGACGAUUUGAAAUACACGGGCACUUGAAAUCAGUUUGGUUUUUAUUUGCCUUAUUUGAAGCAAUAGGGCUUUUCCACCCACCAUUUCAUCACAUCAAACAUUGAGGUAAAAGAGAUAUUUAUUUAUUACGACAUUGGUGUAUACUGUUUCCUAUCUUAGGGAGUUUAUCUUUUCGAAUGAAUGCCUUCUGUUAAAUCAGUGCCUUUAUCUCCUUCAGAUGCAGUCUUGUGUGCGUACAUAUACAUAUAUAUAUAUAUAUAUUUCUAGACAGAGUAGUGCUAUAUUAUUUAUUUCCGCCGGUGUCGACAUCCUCUACCCAGAGUUCUGUGCUUCUUCGUAGGCGGCGUACGUACGGACCCGAUCGCAUGAUUAUGAAACUGCUGUUUGACCCCUUAACCCUGUGAAUUUCUCCUUUUCUUUCAGUAAUCUGAACACAGGGACAGAUCCGCUCACAAUAUCAAGGUUACAGUGAUGGCGCCGCUCACCCGCUUUACACCAUUUGUGUAAUUUCUCAGGUAUAUCAUAGACUCAUCACUGUCCAAAAUGAUUAUUUUGUAAAAUAUAAUAGACUGCAGAUGGAUCGUCGUGAGCUUUGGGAAUUGGAAACCAAAUUAUUUAUUAACAGAUCUUAUGAGGUUGCGAAAUAGCGCUAAACCACUGGACCUCACGCCGAGACGUCUUUAUAACGAGUGCGAGUGAGACUUAGCAAUAAAAACCAAACGAAUGAUUCUAAAAAUCAAAUACUGCCCCAUGAACAACUCGCGAUUCUCUUUAUAUCUGUUCAGAAGUGAUAUUUUUGAAUUGUUUUCGAAGAAUAUUAUAUUUGUUAAGAGAAAAAAAAUUGACUUUUUUUGUUUGUUUUGUUUGUUUGUUUGUUUGUAUGAGGUCAACGUUUUUUCCUUUGGUCUUGUAUUCUCGUGUAGUUGGAAUGAAAGCAAAUGUAUUGGUGUCUUUGAUAUUGCUGUUCGUAUUAUUAUUAUUAUUGUUGUUAUUAAUACUAUUAUUAUUAUUGUUGCUAUUUAUAUCCAAGGGACAUUAUUAGUAGAAGUAGACUUUAUUAUAAUAAUCACGUGUAGAAGUUCAAACACUUUUCCAAUGCCUUGUCAGGGUUUUGUUUGAUUUCUCCUGCUCCCAAAAGACAGAAUCAAAGCCUGCAACCUGCCACCAAAUCCAACUGCACUGCCCUGCGCUGCUUACUUAUUCCUUCACUCGAACUUCGGAAAAGUUCAGUUUUCUUCUUUGGGUCGGGCGUCUAGAUUCCCAUCGCACCAAAGUUUUCUGUGCAGUUUUUGCAGGCUCCGUACGGUCGUGCUUAAUCUCAGGAAAAGUCGAGGGAAAGAAUGCGGCGUCGCAGAUAACGACGCGUGAUACUGACUACUGUAUUCUACAGGCCUGGCUACCGUAUUCUAGACUUGAAGUAUAUGAGAGAAAAUGCGAAUUUAGGAAUAUUGCUCGAGUAUUACUACAAGUUCUCUGCUUUUGAUAUGAGGUUUUUUUUUUUUUUUUUUUGAUAACUUUUAUGAGAAAUAAUGCAAGCAGCUUUGAAACUGGAUUGGCAUAUCAUGUGAACAAAAACAAUCCCGCUCCCAUGAGGCUGUGAUUGGCUCUAGUUACUCAAUUUAAGUGUUUUUGUGUGUAAAAAGAACCUUGCAGAUGUGUUUUUGCCCACUGUGUUUCUACUCCUUUUGUCCUGACAACUUGCCAGAAAACUCAUCUGCUGCCCGGCGUUUUUUAAAGACAUCACAAAUGAACACUUUAAUAAUAAAAACAAAACAUUUAAGACUGCUACUGAUUGUAUGUAUUGUUGUUGCUGUUGUUGAUAUUAUUAUUGUUAUAUUAUUAAUGUUUCCAGUUAGAAUUCUGUUCAGCACUUUUACUUUGGGCUUCUUUGUUUUAUCCCAAUAUUUAUGAGUUUAGAUGGAACUGUAAAUAAUGUAAACAAAUGUGCCUUUUGACUCAUUCUGAACGUUUUCUACAUUUAACAGAAGGAAUAUAUUGUACUGCAAUAUAAUUUUUAACAAACAAUAAAAUUUUAAGAGUUUGUUCAAA